CUUCCAUUGGUGCAAUCUCCUCGGAGUCGAUUCCACCGGGCCCCUACCACGUUAUCCACCACCGCAACGCCAGCUUUGCGAAGCGACGUGGCUCUCCUCCCGCCAUGUCUUCUCCCCGUCCGGCGACGAUGAUUUUCGUCCAUACAAAUCCCCGCCGCUGAGCCUUAGAAUACACUUGCACGCUGACCAAGAUCCACUUUGCUUCGAGAAAGUGAACAAUAGGAUUAGAAGGAAAGAGACGGGUCGGGAGGGAGUAGCUUCAAAGCAAUUCCGCUUUAUAUCCGUACGUGAUAGCCGAAGAAGACAAGUUGCAAUACCCAUGGACUCUUCUACCGCCGCCGUCCGCCGCCUUUCCACUGCCAUGGAGCGCACCGGCCGGUGGGUUUUCUCUCAGGAAGUCCCAUCCGACAUCGUCAUCAAGGUCGAUGACGCCACGUUCCCUCUCCACAAGUUCAUACUGGUGGCAAAAAGCGGGUACAUAAGAAAGAAGAUUGUGGAGUCGGAUAAAUCGGAUCUGGGGAUGCUGGAGCUCAAGGGGAUACCGGGCGGUGCGGAGGCAUUUGAGAAGGCGGCGAGAUUCUGUUAUGGUGUUAACUUUGAGAUCUCAGUGGAAAACGUGGCGGCGCUGCACUGCGCGGCGGAGUGGCUUGAGAUGACGGAGAAGUCUUGUGAGGGGAACCUCGCCGCCCGCGCGGACGAGUUCAUCGCCAAGGCCGCACUCAUCACGCUUUCCGGCGCUGUUACCGUGCUCAAAUCUUGCCAGAAGCUCCUACCUUUCGCUGAAAAGCUCCGGAUCGUGCAGCGCUGCGUCGAUGCCAUCGGUUCCAAGGCUACUCACGAGGCAAACUCCCCGAGCCGCUCCCCUCCUGACUGGUGGGCCGCCGAACUCGCCAUGCUCAAUCCACCCUUUUUCCAGAAAGCCCUCGCCGCCAUGAAAGCUCGAGGUGCCACCCCAAAAACCCUCUCAACCUCCGUCGCAGUCUACGCUGGAAAAUCUCUCCCUGAACUCCUCCCCCUCUCCUCUUCCUGCGGCCGCGGUCCGUCUCCCGCCGCCUCCAGCGCUGGCACAGAUCGCUCAACCCAGCGCAACUUCAUCGAAUCCUUUAUCGCGAUCCUCCCAACCGAUCACGACACCCCCCUUCCGGUCGGAUUCCUCUGUUGCCUCCUGCGCGCCGCAAUCUUCCUUAACUCUUCUGCGGCCUCCCGCCGCGAUCUCGAGCGCCGGAUCUCUACAUCUCUCGAUCAGGUCGCUGUAGGCGACCUCAUGGCCAUCGCCUUCGAUUACUCCGGCCAGAGGCUUGCCGAUCUUGACAGUAUUCGACGGAUUGUGACUGGUUUUGCGGAACGGGAAGUCGCUGGCGCCGUCGCGCAGCGGACGGCCCGAGUUGUUGAUGCAUUUGUGGCUGAAAUCGCUACAGAGGAGGAUCUGCCGGUUUCCAAGUUCGCCGGCAUCGCUGGUGCGCUUCCGAAAUCGUCACGCCGCUUUGACGACGAUCUCUAUCGCGCUGUCGACAUCUACCUCAAGGCACACUCAGGCCUUGACGAAAUAGAGAGGGAGAAAGCCUGCAGCGUGAUGGACCCAUUAAGACUUUCCUACGAGGCUCGCCUCCACGCGUCUCAGAACAAGCGACUACCUCUCCAAGUAGUCCUCCACGCCCUCUACUACGACCAGCUCAAAAUCCGAAGCGGCGACGCCGCUGACGAGCCGCCGAUUGUUGCCGUCGCGAGCGGAGACGACACAUUGGCCAAAGAGAACGAGGCGCUGCGCUCAGAGCUAGCCCGGAUGAAGCUUUACUUGACGGACAUUCAGAGGAGCCAAGGCAGCAGUACUGGGAAGUCGACGACGGUGAUGGCAUUACCGGCGCCGCCUGUCGCUGGUAAGAAGACGUCGUUCUUCUCGUCGGUGUCAAAAAAGUUGGGGAAACUCAAUCCGUUCAGGCAGGGAUCGAAGGAUACGUCGACUAUUGAGGAAAAUGUUGGGGUGGAUUUGGCGAAGCCGAGAAAGAGGAGGUUCUCUAUUUCUUGAUGAUCGAUUGUUAUAACUAUUAGGUUAUAUAUCUGAUCUAUGUAGCAUUUCAUUUGAAGUUUGAAGUUGAAUGAUAUGAUUGUUUGAGUAGUAACUUGUAUAUGGAUUAAGAUGGAUUACUGUUGAAAAUUGUUGUUGGAUUUGAGCUUUGAACUUUGAAGACAGUUGAUCUCUGUUAAUGACAUUAUUAGAUUCGAUGUUGUUGU